GAGUUCUUCACGUCGCCAUUACUCGGUCUUGAUCUUCUGCAUCACAACGCUCUUACAAAAUCUCUCUCUCCCUCUCUCUCUCUCUCUGCAUUGCGGCGAUGGAAGGACUGAUCAAAGGCUUAGUCGACGUGGCUAUCGGUCACCACGAUCGCCGUCACGACGACGACGACCAGGAUGCGAACUCGCGGGACGAGAGAUCCAGAUCUAGCUGGGCUGAGGUGGUGUCCGGGGAAAAGGAGGAGGAUCACGAUCGACCGGAAAGAUCGUCGUAUGUUCGGCAUCAGAAGCAAGAGGUAAGGAGUGCUCUUGAUGCGGAAUUUAAACCAAAUUACGGGAAUCUCGGAAGAGCUGGUGGAAGGUCAUCACAUGGUCGGUAUCAGGAUCAAGAGGAGAAUCAAGAGAAGAACGAUGACGGAUGGGAAACUGUGGGGAAAAAGAAGCCUGCAAGGCAUCCGCACAAGGUUCCUCAGGACCAGUGGCAAGGGUAUAAACGCCCUGCAAGCGAGCAACACUACUCGGAAGAUGAUCAAACUCAUGAAAGCCUACAACCCUCUCAAGAAGAGCUCUCCGAUCUGUCACAGGCUUGCAACAGGCUCUGGGAACUCGACUCUAACCGCCUUGUCCCUGGAAAAGACUACCAGAUCGACUGCGGAGAAGGGAAAAGGGUUCACCAGAAAGAAGACAUGGCUCAAGGAAGCUUGUUUUCGUGGGUGAGCGAGGAUAUUUUCAGGAAGCCGACGUUUGCUAGGUUCUGUUCGUUGUUAGACAAUUACAACCCGAAUGAAGGGUACAAGGAAGUUGUCACGACAGAGGAGAGACAAGAGCAAGCAGCCUUUAUAGAGGAGAUCAGCAGAACUGCCGUGAUCAAGUACCUUCACAAGUACCUUUCAGACAAGGGUGUUGUCUCCGAGAGCUAUCAGGAGUUCAAGAGAACGCUCACCAGUCUCUGGUUUGAUCUCUAUGGCCGAGGUGGUACAUCAGGUUCAUCUUCCGCGUUUGAGCAUGUCUUUGUCGGGGAGAUCAAGAAUAGCGGUGAGCAACAAGUCUCUGGCUUCCAUAACUGGAUUCAGUUUUAUCUGGAGGAAGCGAAAGGAAGAGUAGAUUACCAAGGCUAUAUAUUCCCUAGACGUCGUGGUGAGAUCCCAGAUGAAGAGACGCAGGUGCUGACGAUACAGUUCGAAUGGAACGGGGUGACGAAAUCGGUGUCGAGCACACUGGUGGGAGUGAGCCCCGAGUUCGAACUGGCUCUCUACACUCUGUGUUUCUUCGUGGGAGACGAAGACAAUCACAUUCAGCUCGGUCCUUACUCCGUCAACGUCAAAUGUUACCGCCACGGCCACCGUCUCGGCUCUGCUUUCCCCAUCGCUGAUUCCUAAAAUAAACAUACACACACACACAGUGCGAGGGUAAGCAAUUCACAUUAUAUAUCUCAAACUCUCGGUGUUAUUUAUUACCCAUAAGCUCAUAAUCAUUAAUUUACUAGACUCGCACAACCUGCCUUGUAUCUUUACUUUUACCCGUAUCUCAGUUGACAUUGCAUGCGAGUGAGGCCAAGUUGGCCAGACGAUUUAAGCGCUUCUAAUUGACCCUACGCGCUAGCUUCAACGCGUAAAAUGUGGCGCGUGGGAACAGUUUUUAUGCC